AUGCAAAUCUGUGAAGAGGGCAUAAACACGGACACCAAGAAGUUCCAGAGUGAUUUCGAUGUGAACUUAGGAUCUCCUUCAAAGUACGCAACACCAUAUGGAGGUCGUGUGGAAUGGAAUCUGACGAAAGAAUGUAAACUCGUUGUUCAUCUAAAAUUCAAAGGAAAAAUAAGACACAAAAAGCGUUGGUCACAGAUCAUGUAUAUAUAUUACAUCGUUGGUUACAAGUUAAUCACUGAGUGUGCAGGAGGAGACAAAAUUGAGAAUCCGAAACCAACACAAUCCAUCUUUGAAAUUCUUCCAAUAAAUUUAAGAGAAAAGGCGGAGAACUGGUUUAUCCUUGCACUAGAUGGAGAUGUAGACUUUCAGCCAAGCACCUUGCAACUUCUAAUUGACCGGAUGAAAGUCAAUUUUAGAGUGGGAUCUGUUUGUGGACGUAUAAAACCAUGUGGUUCGGGGCCUGUUGUCUGGUAUCAGAAGUUUGAAUACGCUGUGGGCCAUUGGAUGCAGAAGUCUGCAGAACACGUGUUUGGGAGUGUCCUCUGUAGUCCCGGAUGUUUUAGCUUGUUCAGAGUGAAAACCUUGAUGGACGACAACAUCAUGCGUACUUAUGCAACACUACCAACAGAACCACGCCACUACAUUCAGUAUGACCAAGGCGAGGACCGCUGGCUGUCUACUCUAAUGCUGCAACAAGGAUAUAAAAUCGAAUACAGUGCAGCAGCAGAGGCGGCAACUUUUGCUCCAGAAGACUUUAAAGAGUUCUUUAAACAAAGAAGAAGGUGGAUUCCAUCCACAAUGGCAAAUUUAAUGGACCUCCUUUCCAGUUCCUCAAGAACAACUAAGAUGAAUCCGAAUAUAUCUUAUUUGUUUGUAACUUAUCAAGUUAUUUUAUUUUUAUCUUCACUAUUCGGACCCUCAACAGUUCUUUUGGCUCUUCAAUCGGCUCUCGGUACCGUCUUUGGAAUCCAAGCGUGGUUGACGUAUACAAUAAUAUUUUGCCCCGUAAUAAUUUUUGUAAUAGUCUGCUUGAAGUGUAAGGAUGACACACAAUUGAAUGUUGCGAUGGCUUUGAGCACGGCCUAUGCUCUUCUUAUGAUGGCUGUUUUAGCAGGGACGCUUGUGUCGAUAUUCAAAGACGGUUGGUUUACACCCACGGGAAUGUUUUUCUACAUUUUGACGGGGAUGUUCAUAAUUGCUGGAUUGUUGCACCCUGACGAGCUUGGAGACCUUCUAAAAGGCUUGCUUUACUUCAUAUGCAUUCCGGCAGGUUAUUUGUUUUUGAUUAUUUACGCAAUCUGCAAUCUAAACAACAUCUCUUGGGGAACAAGGGAAAAUACUACUGCUGUACUGAAACAUGCCGAUAGGCGGUCCAGAAGAAGAGAGACAGAAAAAGAAAUAUAUUUUGUGACAACAGAAAUGAUUGAAGGAAUGGUUGAGCAAGCGAGGAAAACUGUAUCAAAUUCAUCAAUUUCCAUAAUACAAUGGUUCAAAAAUCUUGUCUUACUGAAGUCUUUAGAAUCUGUUCAAGCUAUCAACGAAAAGACAAAGGAUGAUGUGCAUAAAUCAUCCUUUGAAGGUGUUCGUGGACCAAGUAUCUUUAAAAAGGGCUAUGACAGAAAUAGACGCGCCCCAGGAUCAAGCGCACAUCCCUCUUCCCAACUGACCCAGAUUGACGAAGUAUCGUGGACAAGUAACGAAACUGAGGAAAUUCGAACGAAGAAGCUUGAUCAGAGGGAAGAGCAGUUUUGGAAUACACUAAUUUCUACAUAUCUUCGUCCCAUAGAUGAUGAUCCAGAUAAAAAGAAGAAUGAUACAGAGAAAUUGUCAGAGUUCCGAUACAAAGCAGUCUUUGCCUUUUUAUUUCUGAAUGGUCUGUGGCUAGCUAUUAUGAUUUCGAUGAACGAAAUCAAGAACCUCAUAAAUGUAACGAUUCCACAGCCAUCAGGUCCGCCAAUAGUGAUUGAGCCUCUUGGUUUUCUCUUUUUGGUAAUAUUUUCUCUCAUGCUCUUGCUUCAGUUUUUUGGGAUGUUGCUUCAUAGAUAUGAGACAUUUUACCACAUUUUGUCCCGAACCAAAGUAGACUGCCCUUGUAAAAAACAUAGCGAGAAAGAUGGAAAAUGCGUUUGCUGUUGUUAAAGUAACUAUAAACAUUUGCAGAAAAUACUGAACAGAGUUAAAUGAGUGCAUCGUUUAAAUGAGAUAUAAUGAAAUGGCACACAUAAUACCACUGAUAAAGGCAAUUGAAAAUUUCAAUAAUCCACAUUUACGAAGGAACAAGAAUUGCCAUUAAAUACAUUACGCUGUGAUUAAACUCAAUGGAUUGAAAGAAAUACGGAAAUUGAAAUUUAAAACGCGAGAAACAGCCGGUGAUCAACAGUUUAAGGAAAAUAAACAAUAGAGGGGGACAUUAAAUUGAGGUACACAUUGGAAGUCGUGCCAAAUCAACUUCAAAAGAGGGGGACAUAUUAAACUGAAAUACUUCUUGGAAGUCACGCCAACUCAACUUCAAACUACAGUGUACAAUUCGAUGUAAUUGAAACAGAAUGAACAUAAUGAGAAUCAUUCAUCUUCAUAGGAAGACUUUUUUAUUAUUCAAAUAAGUUUUUUCACUCAUUAUUAUGGCA